GCCGCCGAUUAAGGACACGCAGGGUGACGAUGGCUGAGGACAUAAAGGCCAAACUGGAGAACUAUCGGACCGCUCCAUUUGAUGCCAGGUUCCCCAACCAGAACCAGACCAAGAACUGCUGGUCCAACUAUCUCGAUUACCAUCGCUGCCAGAAAGCUCUGGAUGCAAAAGGCGCGGACAACGGCCCAUGCGAGUGGUACCGGAGGGUCUACAAGUCGCUCUGCCCCAUGUCUUGGAUCCAGAAGUGGGACGAGCAGAGAGCGGAGGGGACGUUCCCCGGAAAAAUCUAACGGCCACCGUCAACACGGACGAGAAUGUGAUUAACAGCUAAGUGCUUGGGGCGCGUGUUGCUCCAUCAACAACUUUACUGACUCGAAAUGCGCAUUCCUUACAAUCACCAUUAAAAAUGUAGAGCAGAGCCUUAAUAAAUACAUUCUAUAUUUAUCUCAAA